AUGUCCCUCAAACACAUUCUCAAUGAUGACCCAGUUCCUCCCCAUAUACCCGCACCUACGCCUUCUGUACCCUCACCUUCUGAACCAGUGCCAGCUAGACAGUCUCCUCUGAUGCCAGUCGUCUCUCCUCCGCCACAGCUUCACUAUGCACAUGCAAGAGCUCUCCAUGAUCACGAGCCACCGCCAGUUCCGCGCGGAUUAGCGUAUCAGCCUGCAACAUAUCACGGAGCAGGAGGUUGGGAUCCUUAUACUGGUGAAUGGGUACAGGGUGACAUUUUUCCUUUGGGUCCAGGAGGCAACUACUAUCCGGAUCGCGAAGAGCAAACACCAUUGUCGCCGACAUUAUCGAAUAAUGGGUCGGCAACCUCCCGUUUCAAAGAAGGAUUUGUCGAGGGUCACGGCAGGAAGAAGCGGAAAAUUGCAGAUGACGACGACGAUUAUCAGCCCCCUGGCCAAAAACGUCAAUCACGACGAUAUCCGCUUCGCACGCGACAGCAACACCGCAAUCACACACCCGCCUCUGAGGCCCAUGAGCCUGAGCCAUCCAUGGAAGAGAUGGCGCCGGAGCAAACUGAGGAAGAGUCUCGCCUUACUUCUACUGAUCUCGAGGACUGCGAAGAAGUAUGGUUGGCGGAGCUUGGUAACUAUGUUAUAGAGUCCCACAAACGACAGAAACAGGUGGACGCUUGGUUCUCUCGAUGGAUAAUUGAACGUGAUUCAAUUACGGCGUAUCAUAUGUCACAUGCGUACAGGCAGCGCAUAGCUCGUAUACCUCCGCCGCCGCCUCCGCCUCCUCCCCAACCUAUCGUUGACGACGGGUACAUGUCAGCUUUGCGCCCCGCUUCUCCUUCUCUGCAGCCUAUGGACAGCUAUGAUGCCCUGCGGUCUGACGUUGGCCAUAUGGAUAAUCACAGACGGCAUUAUGGAAAUAAUGCCGAGGACGCUGCACGUGAAUUAGAAGAAUCUGUGCUUGGAGGCUCCACGAGGCACAAGGGCAAAGGCAAGGGCAAAGGGAAGGACACUGGCAAGCGGCCUGCAGCGUAUACAAUUUCCGAUUCAGGAAGCGAGAUGGACAUUCCCAUCUCUAAGACCAUGCCCGCCCACAAAAAGCGCAAAGUUAUGAAAGAUGCAGCAGACGCAGCAGAUGCGGCGGACGAGUUGGAGUCCUCUCUGAUCGAUCGUAUUCCUGGAGGGCAAUUCAUCCCGUCUCCCGCACCAAAGCUAGCGUCCGCAAGAAGCAAGGGUAGGGGCAAGCAGAUUCAGCGAGAAGAGAGUGUGGACAGUGUUUCGAUUAUUCCAAAGCCACGCAAGAGACUUGGUACUCGAAAGAAAUUCGACACUUUGCCACCCCAGACGCAGGAGCACUUAGGUAUUGGCUCCGCUGCGGGCUCCAUCGCUGGAGACUCAACACCUGUUGGUUCGCGACCGGCAUCGCCCGCUCUCACAGCAGUUUCUGCUACGGUCUAUGAAUUAGACGAGUCCAUCCCUCCACUAAAGCGGGCAAAGAAGGUUGACGACGCUUCCAUGCUCAAACGCGUGCGGACACUUGAGGAUGCUCAGCGCAAAGUCUGGACUAAUAUUGCUCGGAGGGAUGUGGCUAAGGUAUACAAAUAUCAUGCACAAGGCUACCUGUCAAGACAAACGCAGACCAAACGCGUUGCGACACUGUGCUCUAUGCAGGCUCGGAAACCCGUUGUUAGGAGCGCCAAAGCGGUUAAGGAUGUACAAGCAAAGGGCAAGCGGCUGAUGCGCGAGAUGCUAGUAUUCUGGAAGAAGAAUGAGAAGGAGGAGCGCGAUGUACGGAAGCGUGAGCAGAAAGAAGCAAUUGAUCGAGCCAAGGUUGAAGAGGAGAAGCGAGAGGCUGCACGACAAGCACGCAAGCUAGAGUUUUUGAUUAGCCAGACUGAGCUGUAUAGCCACUUCGUUGGUAACAAACUUAAGACUGCGGAGCUGGAAGGAGAUUCCAUGCAAGCACAUGUUCCUGCGGGUGCCGAACUUGGUGACGUUGAUGGGAAUGCAUUACGGGACAUUGACUUCGACGAUGAGGAUCAAACAAACAUACAUCGACAUGCGAGGCAUAAUGCCCAAGCCGCAAUCGUUGCUGCCAAGCGAAAAGCGCAGGACUUUGACACUCAGACUGCACUGGAACGGAAAACGAACGAAGCGUUGAAACUCGCCAAGCGACAAGCUCACAUCCAUGCAGAUGAAGAUGUAGAAGGUAUGGGUUCUGGGUCGACAGCUACGCCUCUCGUUGAUUUGGAUUCGGACGAGCUGAACUUCCAGAACCCCACCUCAUUUACUGGAGAGCUUACCAUUAAGCAGCCCAACAUGUUGAUGGCUACGCUCAAGGAAUAUCAACUGAAGGGUUUGAAUUGGUUAGCCACCUUAUACGAGCAGGGUAUCAACGGCAUUCUUGCAGACGAGAUGGGUCUGGGAAAGACAGUGCAAUCGAUCUCACUGUUAGCCUAUCUGGCUGAGCAUCACGAUAUCUGGGGACCAUUCCUUGUUGUGUCUCCAGCUUCGACGCUUCACAACUGGCAGCAAGAGAUUACCAGAUUCGUGCCUCGUCUGAAAGCUCUUCCAUAUUGGGGAAAUGUCAAAGAUCGUGCUACACUGCGGAAGUUUUGGAACAAGAAGGAGAUCAGCUACGAUCAAGAUGCCCCUUUCCACGUUCUUAUUACUAGUUAUCAACUGGUUACCCAAGAUCAACAGUACUUCCAACGUGUCAAGUGGCAAUAUAUGAUAUUGGACGAAGCACAAAACAUCAAGAAUUCUUCUAGCGCUCGAUGGAAGACGUUAUUGGGCUUUCAAUGCCGCAAUCGCCUGCUCCUUACAGGAACACCGAUUCAGAAUUCAAUGCAAGAAUUAUGGGCGCUGUUGCACUUCAUUAUGCCCAGCUUAUUCGACUCGCACGAUGAAUUCAAUGAGUGGUUUUCAAAGGAUAUUGAAAACGCUGCUGAGAAUAAGGGAAGUCGACUAAAUGAGCAUCAGCUGCGGCGACUGCAUAUGAUCCUUAAACCAUUUAUGUUACGCCGAGUCAAACGCCAUGUGCAGAAUGAGCUCAGUGACAAGAUUGAGGUCGAUAUUUAUGUGGAUCUUAGUGCACGCCAACGGGCCCUUUACAAAGCUUUGCUUGCUAAUGUGUCGGUAGCUGACCUUCUGGAGAAGGCCGCCAAUAUUGGCGAUGCAGAUUCUGCCCGGUCACUGAUGAAUUUGGUGAUGCAGUUUCGCAAGGUCUGCAAUCAUCCCGAGCUGUUCGAGCGUGCAGACGUGGUAGCACCAUUCUCAUUCUCCGAGUUUGGGCGAUCGGGGCCUUUGAAUCGUGAAGGCGAUCUAAUCCAACUUGCCUAUUCGUCUCGCAAUCCUAUCGAGUUCGCUAUCCCGAAGCUGUUGUACCACGAGGGUAGACUUCUAGGCGUGUCACAGGAUGACACGGACGCUGUGUCUGACACAAUGCGACUCUCAACGUUGAAAAAUGUUUGGUCCACUGAAUGGAUUCAUCGAUCGUUCUAUGACGAAGGGAAUUCCGCGUUCGGAUUCUUGCGAUUCAUUGACAUGUCCCCAAGCGAGGCUCAUGUCUUGCAUACGUCUCAUCUGAUUCAGAGGCAGAUCUCCGUCUCGCAAAUUGAAAACAGAUGCCGAGACGACGAUAUCUAUCAAUGCGAUCCAACAUUCAUAGCAAAUAUCGCUCAUUGCCCGUACCAGGUAGCCCAGCGAGUCAACUUCAGGAAUCUUGAACAUGCUGAAGGUAUUUCGACCCUGGGGACAAUUUCGGCGUCUGCAUGGCAAUUAUCUUGUCUAUCUCGGAGAGACUUGAAGUGGUUCAUACCUCCGACGGUAGCUCCGCCUAUUUCGAUGUCUUGCGCGGAUCGUGUGUUUGUCGAUCGUCAAGCACAAUUGCUCGAAUCGCCGAUGGAAUCUUUGGCUCUAUAUGGCGUACCACCUAAUUUAUGGGAGUCUGAAGUAGCUUGCUCGUUGUAUGAGCGACGGCUUCCUGGCUUGCAUGUAUCUGGCCUUGUCGGCAGCUCGUCCCCAGAUCAAUUACCAUUGUCAGCAAUGCAGGUUCCCGAAGCUAAGAGGCUGAUUUACGAUUCUGCCAAGCUCGCUCGGCUAGACUCUCUGCUUCACGAACUCAAGGCUGGCGACCAUCGUGUACUGGUCUAUUUCCAAAUGACGCGUAUGAUGGACCUGAUGGAGGAGUAUCUCAUCUACCGCCAGUAUAAAUACUUGCGACUGGAUGGUUCAUCCAAGCUGGAAGAUCGGCGCGACAUGGUCAUGGAGUGGCAAACUAGGCCGGAUAUCUUUGUGUUCCUCCUCAGUACACGUGCCGGUGGUCUUGGUAUCAACUUGACGGCAGCUGAUACAGUUGUGUUUUAUGACCACGAUUGGAACCCGUCAAACGAUGCUCAGGCUAUGGAUCGUGCACAUCGUCUCGGGCAGACUCGUCAAGUAACGGUAUAUCGAUUAAUUACCAAAGGCACUAUUGAUGAACGCAUUGUCCAACUUGCGAGAGUCAAAAAAGAUGUGCAAGACAUUGUCGUGGGCAACAAAAACUUCACCGACGUGACUAAGCCAAGCGAGAUCGUCCAGCUAUUGCUCAAUGAAGAUCAGUUGGCAAGCCUGGACAGCGGUAAUAGCACUUCAUCUAAGAGCAAAAGCAAGAAGCCUGCGGAUGCGGCGCAGGCGAAUGGGUCUGCUGUCCGAGAUUUAUGGAAUGAGGAGGGCGAUGAAUUCUUCGGUCACUCAGGCCCGAUGCAAUCUGGGCUCGGCAACGGCGGAGAAGCCGGAGACGAUGAUCUUGGGACACCAGUCCCCCCACAUACAUCUGGUCGCGGUCGAAAACGCAAAGGGGAGGGAACUGGGGCACCGAGAGGGCGGAAGCCUGGUACGCGGGGGCGGAGAAAGGCGAACGUCGCGAAAGGCGAUGGAGACUCGUAG